AUGGAAUCGAACAACAAUCUCAACUAUGCCAGGAAAAAUCAGCGGGCACUCCUCGCUGAUGCGUAUCAGGGACUUGUGGACCACGUAAACCAACAGCACAACUUGGACGCGCCGGCCAACCCUAUGGCUGUCGGCCGUAGGAUCAUCUUACCUUCGACGUUCGUCGGGAGUCCACGUUACAUGAAAGGAUGUUAUCACGAUGCAAUGGCCAUUGUGCGUAAGUACGGUAAACCUGACCUGUUUGUUACUUUUACGUGCAACCCUAGGUGGCCAGAAAUCACACAGAAUCUCGGAAGGUGGACUGCUCCGACUGACAGAUCAGAUCUCAUUGCCAGGGUAUUCCACGCCAAACUCAAGGUCCUCAUGCAGGACAUUGUAGUCGACUGUGUGUUUGGUAAUGUAGACGCGUAUGUAUACACUGUUGAGUUUCAGAAACGCGGUCUACCGCACGCGCACAUACUAAUCAUCCUCAAGGAGGACAGUAAAUUGCUCACCGUAGAAGACGUGGACAACGUUGUGUGUGCCUUCUUGCCAGACCUGACAUCCAACAGGCGCCUAUUCGAUUGUGUGACGUCGCACAUGAUUCAUGGACCGUGUGGAACACUAAACGCCAACAGUCCGUGUAUGGUUGACAACAAGUGUUUGAAGAGGUAUCCGAAAGAAUACAGCGACGAGACAGUAUACGCCUCUAACAACGGUUACCCUACGUAUCGCCGACCCAACAAUGGCCCUGUGGUCCUUGUCAGACAACUGGAGGUCGGCAAUGAGUUUGUCGUCCCACACAACCCAUACCUUCUGGCCAAAUAUGAUGCACACAUCAAUGUGGAGGUGUGCUCAACAGUGAAGAGUGUCAUGUAUUUAGAUAAGUAUGUGUACAAAGGACAUAACGCGGCAACUAUGGAAGUAUGGGAUGGCGAUGAAAUAUCAAAGUGAGUAGAUUUAAUUUAUUUUUGUUUAUAUAUCAAUCCUUGACCACAGCCGUU